AUGUUGCUUCGCCUUCUAUCCGCAACUGGUGCCUUGUGCAUCACUACUGCGGCCGCCGCAGCUCUGCCCGCACCUCAGCUGCAUUCUACCGCUGGUUCUCAUCAAAUCAACCUUCCUGCUAUCCCCUGCGCUUUCUCGGACUCGACUUGCACGGAAUCCUUCGACUCUGGUUCACAACUGACCAUCGAUUUCUCCACCCAAAAUGGCACCCUCCGAGCCAACCAACAACCCAUCUUCCCCGCUACCGUCCCGAUGCAGUUCACAGCAGAUCGCAAGUGGGAGUCCUUCGUUCAGCCAGUUCAGGUCUCCUACUCGUUGGAUGUACGGCCACUGCCUGCUCGUCCCGGCGCUGGUCUGGGCGAUAUCUACUACCUCAAGCUCCGUCUCUUCGACCAGCACGGUCAAGCUGCCACGCAGAACGCCAUUGCCAUCAGCCUAAUCAGAGACGCCCAGGGUGGUCUGCAGCUGGCGAUGAUCGACCCGAACGGUAGCCGCGAUUACGGUCACGGAAACCGUGUCUGGCAGAUGAAGGCCUGGAAGGAACAGCUCGAAACAUAUUACAACCAUGCCAAGGAGGCCGUCAAGAACUGCGUCAAGCCGGAGCACCCGAAGCACGAACACGAGCAUGAACAUGAACACGCCCACGAGCACCCUCACAAGAUGGCCGGAUCUUCCGACGCCCAUCCCCACCGCCGCCCUUCCUCCAACAAGUACUACCCCUCCAGCCAGAGCGGCCACUUUUUCUGGACCGGACGUGAACAGAGCAUCAUGAAGAUCGCCCGUCCGGUCAUCCUCCCCGCCCUGAUGGGAAUCAUGGCUGGUGGAGUGGCCUGCAUUGUUGGAUUCCUGCUGGGUCGUCUCAUCAUCUCGAUCUACCUGUGCGCCGCUAGCCGCCGGCAGCAGCAGCAGAACAUUCCCAUCAUCAACAUCGAAGACGGCGAGCCUAUCUCUGAGAAGGAAGCCCUUCUCGAACCCUACAGCGAUCAGGAACCUGAGUCGCGCCAAUCAUUCCCAUGA